CGGGGACUGCGUCCGGCGCGCUCACUUCCGCGUCCCGCCGCCCUCCGGCCCGCGCGCGCCCGGCCGCCGCCGCCAUCGGACAAUAGGCCGCCCGCCGCGGCUGCCGCGGACUUCCUGCCCGGCCAGUGCGCCCCUCUGCGCGCCCCUCUGCGCGCCCCUCUCCGCGCCGGCCCCGGAGCCGCGAGCCCCCAGCGCCCGGGACGUGCCUGUGCCUGCGGCCGCCCGCACCUCUGCUGCGGCCGGUCCGGCGGCCUCCACCUUCUCGGCCGAGCCGGCUGCCCCCGGCCCCGUCCCGCGGCUGCUCUCGGCGUCGGUUUCCGAGUUUGGUUGCUCACGGAGGAGAUUGGGUUUUUUUUUUUCUAGUUCUUUUUCCUUUUACGAUUUUGAAAAAGAAAAGAACGCACAGCAGGCUGGGACGGUGAAGCGCCACCAGCUGGCCCCACGUGGACACCUCUGAGGGGAAAGGGAGUUGGAAGCGAGCUUGGUCCAGCUGGCCUCGAGGCCUCAACUUCUGCCGGACUCCGAGGCCUGGGUCAUGACUGUCACGCCGGGCCGGUGGAAGGCUUUACCUGUCCCGGGCUGGACUUGACCCUUGCCCUUCAGCAGCGGACGCUCCCCCCACCCACACACACUCCCCGGACGCCUCGCUAGGCUCCGACACCCGUCUGCGACAUGGAUAAGUACGGCGACCUGGGCCUGGAGGCCAGUAAAUUCAUUGAGGACCUGAACAUGUACGAGGCCUCCAAGGAUGGACUCUUCCGAGUGGACAAGGGGGCAGGCAACAACCCCGAGUUUGAGGAAACACGCCGGGUGUUUGCCACCAAAAUGGCCAAAAUCCACCUCCAACAGCAACAACAGCUCUUGCAGGACGACACCCUGCCCAGGGGGAGCAGAGGCCCGGUCAACGGUGGGGGCCCCCCAGGCCCAGAGGCCCGCCGGGAAGCCAGCAUGAGCAGCAAGCUGACCGUGGAUGGUGCUGCCAAGCCCCCUCUAGCUGCCUCGACAGUGGGUCCUGGUUCAGUCACCUCCGUGGCCCCCGGGCAACCCUUGUACCCAUCCCAGGAGCAGAGGGCCAGGCCCUAUACCCGCAGCGCAAGCCACGGCAGCCAGGACUGUGGCUCCAAGGAGAGCCUGGCAAGCUGGGAGAUGUCUGCCUUCCGCCACGUGGGCCCCUGCGAGGAUCCUUCCUGCCUCACACACGGAGACUAUUAUGACAACCUCUCCUUGGCAAGCCCAAAGUGGGCUGAUGAACCAGGAGUGUCCCCCAGCGUCAGGCCGGGCGCAGGGAGUGGGUGGCCUGGCACCCCAGGGACUGACGCACCACUGCCCAAACCCUCCAGGGACCAUCCCCUGUACCAGCCUCAGCUCUCCCCGAGCUCCAGCAAGUCACUGGAGACCGGCCAGGAUGGUGGUGGUGGUGACCGUGGUGAUGAGAAGCCGGCUGGGCUUUGGACUACCGCCGCCUCCCAGCGGGUGAGCUCCAGCCUUUCUUCCCCAGGCCCAGAAAAUGGGGCCCACCUGGGGCCCCCUCAGCCCAGGCCCCCCUCUUUCUUAGCACCCUUGGCCCAGAGCUGCCCCAGCCAAGGAGCUCUUCCAAGAACAAACUCGGGGGUGGGGAGUGAGGCUUCAGGCACGAUGCCCAAACCCAUGGUGGACCCUCAACCCUGGUUCCAAGACGGACCCAAAUCGUACCUUUCUAGUUCUGCCUCAUCAUCCUCACCAGCCAGCGUGGACAGUUUGCAGUCGGGUGCGGCCCCUGGGCUGGGUCCCAAGCCAGUCUGCACGGACGCUGGCAUUGGUCCCAAGCUCAGCCCCACCAGCCUUGUCCAUCCAGUGAUGUCCACUCCGCCUGACUUAUCUUGUAAAGAAGGUCCCCCUGGCUGGUCGUCGGAUGGCAGCCUGGGGCCUGGGCUCCCGGAGAGCCCCAGCCCCCCCAGGGUGAGGUUGCCCUGCCAGACCCUCAUCCCAGGCCCCGAGCUUGGGCCCUCAGCUGCCGAAUUGAAAUUAGAAGCCCUCACCCAACGUCUGGAGCGUGAAAUGGAUGCGCACCCGAAGGCCGAUUAUUUUGGAGCCUGUGUGAAAUGCAGCAAAGGGGUGUUUGGGGCCGGCCAGGCCUGCCAGGCCAUGGGGAAUCUCUACCACGACGCGUGCUUCACCUGUGCGGCCUGCAGCCGGAAGCUGAGAGGAAAAGCCUUUUAUUUUGUCAACGGCAAAGUGUUUUGUGAGGAAGACUUCCUGUACUCUGGGUUCCAGCAGUCUGCUGACAGGUGUUUUCUUUGUGGACAUCUGAUCAUGGACAUGAUCCUGCAGGCCCUCGGGAAGUCCUACCACCCUGGCUGCUUCCGCUGUGUCAUCUGCAACGAGUGUUUGGACGGGGUGCCCUUCACCGUGGACUCCGAGAACAAGAUCUACUGUGUCCGAGAUUACCACAAGGUGCUGGCCCCCAAGUGUGCAGCCUGUGGGCUUCCCAUCCUUCCACCUGAGGGCUCAGAUGAGACCAUCCGUGUCGUGUCCAUGGACAGAGACUACCAUGUGGAGUGCUACCACUGCGAGGACUGCGGUCUGGAGCUCAAUGAUGAAGACGGCCACCGCUGCUACCCCCUGGAGGACCACCUGUUCUGUCACUCCUGCCAUGUCAAGAGACUGGAGCAAAGCCCCUCGUCUGCAGCUCUUCACCAGCACCGCUUCUAGCUGGAGCCGCUCCCAGACCUCCCGUGGGAGAUGACAAGACAUCCGGCUGUUAGUUCCAGCGGCCCCCCGGGGUGGAGCCGGGGUUGGGGGGAGAGGGGUUAGGCAGGUAAGUUUCUACAUAUACACCUGGGGUGCCUUUCCUUGAACCAGGGAGCUGAGCCCUACCUGUGUGGCAUGUGUAUUUUCCAAGUGCCUUUCUGCACCACCACGCCCUGUCACAUUACUCAGGAAGACACUCCAGCUGCGUGUGGCAUGUGACCGGGGAUCGCAUCCGUGCAACCGAGGGCACCCUCCAGCCCCUCUGGGAUGGAAAGGGUCGCAGUGAGCGUGUUUCACAAUAUCCUCUGAAGAGAGAUCUCAGCUGCCGAUACAGCUGCCCUCUCCUGUCCCUUGGGAAAAUACCCACACCCAGAUGCUAUCCCCCGCAACUGCAUACACGUACACAAUAUGAUUUAAGAUUGCGUCCAGACACACGCGCGCGCACACACACACACACACACACACACACACACACACACACACACAGCAUUAUUUAAGACUUCCUGCCUCCCCAGAGACUCAGUUCUUCUCUUGAAUGGCUGCACAUUUUCAUUGCAUUAUGGCAAGAGGGACGCUCUCGCGGGUGCUAUCUUAGGAAGAAUUUGCUUGCUAAACCAGAGCCAAGUUUUGAAAUGAGUGAGCCAGGCAGGGCUUCCUCCUGGUACACUGACCGCGUUUUGUGUGCCCCUGCAAAUCUUCACUCCCUUGAAGGCAGCUGGGAGCCCGAUGGAGAUUUGCCCUGUUCCAGCAAAGUGUGCUUUGGGUCAAGGGCUUGGUGCAGGCCCAGGCCUCCUUUGCCCAGCUGUUUACACUGUUUCUCUCUGGAGCUCUCGAGAGUCCGCGACUCCGGAGUCGCUCCCACAAAGGCAAGUCUCAGAAUCCCACGUGGGGACAUCUCUGUGCCUGUUUUAGUUUCUUUAGUUAACCACAAGGUUGGGCCAUCCUGCCCACCUGCUGAGAGCUAGCCCCCUUCUCCGCGGGGGAGAG